AUUUUGAGAAGAGGAAAAAAAAAGUAAUAGGGUUUUUCAGUUAUAAACUGCUCAGCUUGAAUCUUUCACAAACGCUGGCUUGCCUUUCCAAAGAUCCUACGGUUAUCUAUCAGCACCACCGCACCGGGCCUCGUUAAAUCACCAGCUUCCCCUCUCUCCCGCCGCCGUACCAACCACCACUGCAUAAAUGGGGAGCGAUGAGGAGACAAAAACAGGGGAAGAAGCAAGUCAGCAGAUUAAUAAUAAUACCCCGCAGCAGCCUUUUGAUCUGAAUGAUUACACCAUUAUCAAAGAAGGUGAAGCUGAGAUUUUAAUGCACAAGAAAAACCAAGUCUUUUAUAAUAAAGCCCAGGUGAACAAUAGAGAUAUGUCAAUUGCGGUACUGAGGACAUUCAUUUCAAAACGGGAAGAAGAAUAUGAGGCAUUUUUAUCUAAAAAGAUGAAUUAUAAAGCAUCAAAAACAUCAGUUUCUAAUGGAAGCUCCAACGGUGAAUGUGGAACUUCAAAAGAGAUACACAAGGAUGAACCAUGUACCAAAGGUGAUCAACCGCUAGAGGGAAAAGUCCAAGGAGAAUUGAAACCGCCAAGAGUUCUUGAGGCUCUGUCCGCUUCGGGAUUAAGAGCUCUUAGAUACGCACGCGAAGUGGAAGGGAUUGGACAAGUUGUAGCACUAGACAAUGAUAAAGCAUCUGUUGAAGCUUGCAGAAGAAACAUAAAAUUUAAUGGCUCGGUCGCGAGUGAGAAAGUCGAAUCGAAUCUCGUUGAUGCUCGAGUGUAUAUGCUAACCCAUCCUAAGGAAUUCGAUGUGGUUGAUCUUGAUCCAUAUGGUUCACCCUCUAUGUUCCUGGACUCUGCAGUUCAAUCAAUAGCAGACGGUGGGUUGCUAAUGUGCACAGCAACAGAUAUGGCGGUUUUAUGUGGAAGCAAUGGUGAAGUCUGUUAUUCAAAAUACGGUUCAUACCCUUUGAGAGGAAAAUACUGUCACGAAAUGGCUUUGCGGAUUGUCCUUGCAUGCAUUGAGAGUCAUGCAAAUCGGUACAAGAGAUACAUUGUCCCCGUGUUAUCUGUUCAGAUGGAUUUUUAUGUGCGCGUAUUUGUUCGAGUUUACACUUCAGCAAGUGCAAUGAAGAACACACCUCUUAAGCUCUCAUACGUUUAUCAAUGUGUCGGUUGUGAUUCCUUUCAUCUUCAGCCAAUUGGGAGGACCGUUUCUAAGAAUACUAGUGUAAGAUAUCUUCCUGGGUUCGGGCCUGUGGUCCCACAAGAGUGCAGUGAUUGUGGCAAGAAAUAUAACAUGGGCGGGCCCAUUUGGUCCGAUCCCAUUCAUGAUCAAGAUUGGGUGUCAUCCAUUCUAGCAGAUGUGAAAGCAAUGAAGAAUCGGUUUCCUGCCUUUGAUAAGAUUUCUGCUGUUCUAACAACAAUCUCCGAGGAAUUGCCCGAUGUUCCUCUUUUUCUGAGUUUGCACAAUCUAUGUGGGACCCUUAAAUGCACGUCCCCGUCAGCAGUCAUAUUCAGAUCAGCUGUGAUCAAUGCUGGAUAUCGUAUUUCUGGAACUCAUGUAAACCCUUUGGGAUUAAAAUCCGAUGCUCCUAUGGAUGUCAUUUGGGAUAUCAUGCGUUGUUGGGUUAAAAAUCAUCCUGUGAAAGAGCAAUCGCCUGAUCAAUCUGGAAGUGUGAUCCUCGCCAAAGAGCCUGUUCUUCAGGCUAAUUUUGCCAGAGCAGUUGCAUCACUUAGCAAAGCUCAAAGCAAGAAGGUUGCACGUUUCCUUCCGAACCCGGAAAGACACUGGGGACCAAAACUUAGGGCCGGUCGCACCAUUACCAGCAAACAUGUCUCUUUAUUGGGUGCGGAUGCAGUCAAUGGUGUCCUUAACAAUAAUGAAGAAGAAGCCGAAGAACGCCAGGUGAAGCGUCAAAAGACAGAUGAUCCGACUUCCAUUUCCUGAAGAGUGUAAUGAUCAGGAGCCCUACGCCGUUUUUUUAUUUAUGGAUGAAACUUCUAUAUCAGAAUUUAUAAAUUUUGAAAGUUUGUUAGUUUUUCAAACACGAUUACGCUUCAUUCUAGUUUCAAGUUUUUCACAAGUCAAAAA